AUGCCGCGCGCUGAGCUCGAGUACCCCAAACGGCCCCUCGGCACCGUGAACCGGUACAGCCCACGAGCCUCAUACUCCCUCAGAGUCAUCCACAGCAUCGUCAACACGUGCCCCACGCUUCAUGUUUCCUUCAACUCCCCCGACUCGCCCUUCCCGGCCAUCCUUCCCAUGAUCGGUCAGAUGGGCUCGUUCGACCGCCCCUCCUCCGACGAGGGCGACGUGCUCGAUCUCUACCUCCAUGGCUACGUCUCCUCCCGCGUGAUGAACCUGACCCGCCGUCCCGCGACCGAUGACUCACCCUCGGGCUUGCCUGUCACCGUCGCCGCCACCCACGUCGACGGCCUCGUCCUCGCGCUGACCCCCAACUCCCACAGCUACAACUACCGCUCCGCCGUCCUCUUCGGCCACGCGACCCUGGUCGAGGCCGAUGACGAGAAGCUGUACGCCAUGGAGCUCAUCACCGACAGCGUCGUCGCCAGCCGCUGGCAGAACAGCAGGAUCCCCCCCAACAAGGCCGAGAUGAGCUCAACGAGCGUCCUCAGGGUCCGCAUCGCUACCGGCAGCGCCAAGAUCCGCUCCGGUCCCCCGGGAGACGAGAAGCACGACAUGGAGAACCCGGCAGUCGUCAGCAACGUCUGGACGGGCGUCGUGCCCGUGCACAUGUCGCUAGGAGCUCCCAUCCCCGGGCCGUACAAUGCCGUGGACAAGGUGCCUGUCUACCUGGAGGAGUACAUCAAGAGCAUGAACGAAAUCGGGGUGGAUCAUUCGGUCAAGGCUGCAGAAGCCUCUGCAGAGCCGGGAAAGAAACCCGUUGACGAUUAA